CACAGUCAAAAAUAAGAAAUUAAAAUAACUCUCCCAUAGUUUCCCAUUAGUCUCAGCAUAGAAUCUGAAGUCCUACUAUGGGCUCUGAGGCUCCAGGUGAUCUGUGUCCUCUCUCUCACCUCAUCUCAUCUCUAUUAUCUCCCUUUCAGCCUCUUCCAUCACACUGGCUCGUUGGCCAUUUUUAGUAAACAUUUGCUUCCAGGCUUUACUCUUGCUGUUCCCUCGAUCUGGAAUUCUCCUCCACAGACAUUUCCUGGUCCACUUCCUAACUUCAAUCAGAUCUCAGCUCAGAAGUUCAUCAUAGUCACUCACUCAUUUGCUCAUUCCAAAUGUCAGGCACUGUUUCAGGUGCCAAAAAUACAAGAAAACAAAGUCCCAGCUCUUGUGAAGAGGAGAGCACAUUCUACCUGAACAGAGAUAAACUAACGAGGUCAAGUAGCUAUAAGAGUGCUAUGAAUGAAGAACACAAAAGCAUGAUAAGAGGACAGGCAAAGGGAGAUUCUCUUUUUGAUACGGUGCAGAGAAGACUUUCAGGUAAUAUUAACUUUGUUUUGCUCCACUGCUAACCAAGUGUGUGGCCUGGGGCCUUCACCUUGUGGAGGCUGUUUCCUCGUCUGAGAGUGGAGUUGACUCUCAUCCCAUUUCGUGGGAUGAUGUGAGCAGCAGGACUGAACCAUAAUUCCCUCUGCAAAUAUGAGUGAUUUCAAAGAUGAGCUCCGUGCAGGAAGGAAUCAAGAGAAGUGCUGUGGGCAGAGAUCCGAGUCCAAGGGGAAGCAACAUUCAACUAGUACUGUAGAAAACGGCUUUUGUUGCUGCGGAAGCUCCUAGAAGAGCCUGGGAUUGAAGAGGGGAAAAAAAGAGGGCUCCCUCGUGGGAUGUGAUGCUAGUGAUUUGGACAGCCUCAAAAGUGGGGAGGAAGGAACAAAGCCCGACUCCCAUCUUGGCCCGGGUCCCUCCCGCUAGCCCUCCGCUCCACUUAUUCCAGGGUUAGCGUUCUGGCUCGAGACGCUCGUCAGGUGCUACGUCACUGGGAUCAAGCCAAUCACCGCUUUAGGCGCACCAAUCGGCGAAUAGUCACAGCUGAGUCGAGGCCGCCCUGGCCAAUGAUAGAGACCGUACGGCGGAAGUGCAGAAGCGGUCUCCCGGAAAGAUGGCAGCCCUGGUCCGGCCACAGGUUGAUUGGCAGGUGCUGUGACCAGAGCUUUAUACUCCAGGCCCCGUCCCUUGAGCUCUGCCCUCGGAUGUUCCACCGCCCAGAGCUUGCAUGCGCCCCUCCUCCCUCGGGAUCUGUUGUCCCGGUCCUGGUCUUUCCCCCGGAUCUAGUAUUCAGGGCGGACCAACGGAGCGGACCCCGGCAGCUACUGACCCUCUAUAACCCCACGGGAGCAGUGCUUCGCUUCCGAGUGCUGUGCACAGCCCCUGCCAAAUACACAGUGUUUGACGCGGAAGGAUAUGUGAAGCCUCAGUCCUGCAUUGACAUUGUGAUUCGCCACGUGGCCCCCAAUCCCAGGCACUAUAAUGUCCAGGAUCGCUUCCGCAUUGAGCUCUCUGAGGAGGGAACAGAGGGCCGAGUGGUGGGGCGCAAGGACAUCACCUCUGUUCUAAGGGCCCCAGCGUACCCCCUUGAGCUUCAGGGACAGUCUGACCCAACGCCCCACCCAGAGCCUCAUUCCUGGACAGCACCAUCCGCGGCCCAGCCCUUCCCAGAGAGAGUGGAGGCUGGAGCUCCUGACGGGCCUUGUUCCCCAGACCCUCACCCGCAACUGGCCACCAGCUCCUUCCUCCUCUUCUUGCUGAUGGGCACAAUCUCUGUGGCCUUCCUGCUGCUCCCGCUCCAGGAUGAACUUGGCAGCCAGCUGCCCCAAAUGUUUCACGUCUCCCUGGGACAAAAGUUGGUGGCAGCCUACGUCUUAGGGCUCCUCACCAUGGUGUUCCUCCGGACCUGAGCUCUGCUCCACCUCCACGCCGCUUCCCUGGGCCAGGACAUGGACGUGGAUGUGGACGUGAGACAGCCACUGUGAUGUUCAUAACCUUGUCUCAACUCCUGCUUCCUUCUUCCUGCCCAUCUCCCUCCAGACCUAGGGAUUUGUUAUCUUUUUCCAAGUUGAAUCAAAUAAAUUUGUAAAACUGAACUGAGAAA